GGCGCGCUUGCGAAUUACUCUCGCGUUCCAACUUGGAAGGGUGGGCGGUUGUCUAGUCUCUCGCCUCCUCCUGAUGAAGUUCUCUGGCAGCCUGUUUGAGCCGCCCCUGGAGAGUUUCCUUGACACACUGCGUGGAUCUCUCCCCCGCCCCACCGGGAAUCCGAAGUUUCUCCCAGCGCCAACUCCAGCACCUUUCUUCUCCUCACCAUUGGCCAUUUUAUCCCGUUGCUUUGAGGGACAUAAACAGAGCUCUCUCCCCCCACGCCCUUCUCUUAUUUCUUGGAAAUCUCGUUGUUUUAAGCUGAAGCAAGCACUUCUGGUAAAUGCUUCAGUAGUUAAUGACUGCAUUCUUGCGUACCAGAAAUCUGAUUAAGCCAAGAUUCCUUCUGGCUGAUCAUCAGGCUUGAGAAUGGAUGUUAAUCAAACAAUUGUCAGUGCUAUUAAAAAGCCGAAAAAAAGGGGUGUCAAAAAUAAAAAGAAAAGAUUAACUUUUCAAGAUGAAGUCCAUCCUGAAGAGGACUUAAUUUUAGAAGAGUCAAAACCUUUAGUCACAACAAAGACUACUAGUUACCUUACCUUUGGCUUUUUUUUUAUUAAAAGCUUACCUUAUCACAGUCUAGAUAUUGUAGGAGCAACCUAUAAUAACAGGAGUAAAAAACUGGUGCUGAUAGAUGGAAGAGGAUUUUUCAGUCUGGAUUUGAUACCUUCCAACUGUACUGCUAAAAGAGAGAUGUAUUUUCCAAAGUAUCAGUUUAAUUUGGCAAGAAUAAUCACUUACUCUGAAAAAUACAAUGUUUACUUUGUUCUGCAAAAAGAUUUUGCAAUAAAGGUUUACAACAAGAACUACGCUGAAAUUUGCUCUGUGGAAAAUCCAGGUUUAGGUCGAUUAACAUUUAUAUCAUUUAACCCAGUGAAAGAGGAACUUAUCAGCGGAGGAAUCACUGGAGUAAAGACUUGGAAGUUUAAAGAAAAGAAGCUCCCACUUGACUUUAAUCCUAUUCCAAUGUACAAUUACAGUCUUUUCCUUAGUACAGAAUAUCCACAUAUGGGGAGGAGAUGGUGUACAAACAUGGAUUUUGAUGUCACUAUGCAAAGAUAUUACUGCUUUUCUGAUGGCCACUUCUUCUGCUAUGAUAUCAAUGGGAAAAUGCUACUUGAGAUACUCAAUGCACACCAAAGUUCUAUUCUCUCUUGUGUCUACUCCUCUAAUGUUAACAUUUUGCUUACUUCUUCAAAAGGCAAUGAAAUAAAAUCUUGGAAUGACCAAGGCUGCUUGCUGCAUGUAUUUCAAGGUCAUUCCAAAACGGUUACAAAGCUUCUACUGCACCCAAACACUACUUCUUUAUUUAUCUCUGGAUCUCUAGAUGGAUCAGUCAAACUCUGGUCAUUUGAUACUAUGGAUGCUUUUUACAGUUUAUCCCUCUUCCAAGAAGGAAUACUUUCAAUUGGCACGAUGGAAGAUAAAUUUCUUUACUGCUGUUCGGCUCACAAUGUUCAUAUUUAUGAUCUGAAUUCAUUUACCAGCUUUUGGAGUCAUGUCAACAGCCCAAUAAGUCACUUCCACAUCUGUAGCGCUGUUGGGAAAUCCAGCAGGGUGGCUGCAAUGGGUGUUGACAAUAGUUUAAGAAUAUUCUCUCUUCAAACUGGGAAGAGAUUAUGCACCGUUCUGCCACCUCCUUAUCCCCCUAUGCUUCAGCCAGUUCUCAGUUUUACCUACAACCGAACUUGUGGAACUAUUUAUUUUCUAUUGACACACUAUGAUAUAUGGAUUUAUACAGCAAGGACUGAUCCUGCAUGUAGAGCAGCCGUAUGGACCACAAGAGAAUUACAAGAACAUUUACAUCGAAAACACCCUUUAGCUUCGCAAGUAUCUUUAAUUUUUGUUAAACCAAAUUGUUGGACAGAUAUUUCAUAUGUUAUAGAGAAUUUCAUGAACAAUUUUGGUGGUCUUAGCACACAACAUUUAAAAUAUUGUAAGGUUUGGUUGUACAAAAUGGAUAUCACUGGGAUCUGCUAUGCUGGGCAGAUCUUCAUCCAUUUUGGAAUGGUAGAUGUCUGGAAAAUUUCAGUACAGUUACGCAAACAUUAUCCUUUCAGUUAUCAAAAGCUGCUACAAGAAUAG